CAGUCUCCGGUGCCUGAUCGUGGGUGCGUGCAUAUAAGCCGCGGCUACUCUUCUUCCGAUGCGUCCGUGCUCUCAGUGAUCUCUCUGCUCCCCGGCUUGCAAGCUAAGCCAGUAGCGGUGCAUACGUAAGGUAGUACUGAUUGCGGUGGCCAGACUGAGGCGGAGGAGCCGUGUUCAUAAAUCAGAGAGCUCCCAGCCGGCGGGCGACAUGGCGAGGCUCCUCCUCUUCGCCGCUGACCACACCGCCGGAGCGCCGGGGGCGACGAGUCUCGUCCUUGUCGUCGUUGUGGUGCUCGUGGUCGCGGCGGUCGUGGUGUCGCUCUGCACCAGCAGCACGCACGAGAAGCUGUGGGGGCAGCAGCGCGGGUCCUCGUCCGCGCCGCUGGCCAAGGCGGACAGCAGCGUCGGCGCCAGCAACCGGAAGCACCUGCUGUCGGCCACGCUCAGCGGGAUCGGCGGCAAGGCGGCCAGGAUGGUGUCGUGGAACAGGCGGUCUCCGUCCGGCAGCAGCGACGACGACGAGGAGGCGGUGGCCGCUCUGGGGCCGGAGGACGACGAGGCCGUGUGGAGGAAGGCCAUCAUCAUGGGGGACAAGUGCCGCCCGCUCCAAUUCUCCGGGCACAUCGCCUUCGACUCCGACGGCAACCAGCUGCCGCCCCCGCCGGCGGCGUCCAUCAAGAAAGCCGACCCUGACGUCCAAGCCAAGAAUUAAUCAACGUCUCGAUCACCACUGGAUUGAUGCUCGCGCGCGUCAACUAAUCAAAGAGUAAUGCUACACGUACAAACGAGUUACAAACUUUUACAAAGAGGGUUACUAUUAAAAAAAGAAAAGUUAAUUUAAUUGGUCAAUAGGUGGCGAGGCGGUCCAUCCCAUAAAAAUCAGGAAGGGCUCAGGGGGCAAGUUUAUGAUUAAUCAGUAGAUGAAAAAAAAUCUUAAUCAGCGUAUAAUUGAGUGUAACUCUUAUAUGUUUAGCAUUAUUGACUAAUCAAAUCAAGUCGCCGUUUUUUCU